AUCUGCACUGUUCUCGCGUCGAAAAUGAGGGUCGACCAGAUCGGGCUUCUGUUAUGGAAGAAUUACGUCGUCCGAAAACGUCAACCGGGCAUACUGGCUCUGGUAUUCGUAUGGCCGGUGGCAGUGUUCAUGAUCCUCUACACGAUUCGCGACAACGUGGAUCCGAAAUACUAUCCAACUUGCCAAUUUCCUGCGAGGUCGAUGCCGCAGAACGGGCUGCUCCCGUUCGUUCAGAGCUUCGUCUGCAGCAUUGGAAACCCCUGCGAUCCCUUAUCGGAAUACGAAGAAGUUCCUUCUUACAAGAACGCCACUCUAGGUCCGCUGGUGGUUGAGCUGCAGCCCAUGCUAGGCAACAAAACGAUUCUUUCCGCGAUCGAUACGUUGCCGAACAGCAUCCAACUGCUCAAGUCAAUGGCGCAGAUACUCACCAGGCCGGAAAUCAAAGCGCUGUUCGAUCGAGGCGUUCGACUGGGCGAUCUGUUCCACAACCAAAAGGAAAUCAAGAACCUUCUCAGGCUUCAGAUGCCGUACGCGCGGGAAGGAUUGAUCGACCAACUGUUCGACUCGUCCAUAAAAUUGAUAUACCUGAUCGAGGCGUUCGGCUCGUCUAAUAUCGACGGGGUUAUUUGCUCCUCGGAAAGUUUAAAGAAGUAUCUGAUUCUGCCGAACGACGAGGACUACGAGGAGAUCUCCAAGAUAUUUUGCAAGAUCGAUUCGAGCAUGAUACCGAAUAUGCUCGAGAAUUUGGCCAAACACCUCGAUUUCUUCGGCCUGUUGGAGAUGGUUGACCGAGUGAUGGCGAAAUUUCGCGAUUACGAUUUUUUCGAGGAUUUGAAGAGAGCGGUCGAAACGAUCCUCGAUCUUCGCACCGUGAACAAGUAUAUCCCGUCGUACUUGAAGAUACGCCAAUGGAUGCCAAAGAUGAUAAUGGUGUUUAAGAACGUCACGUUCAAACAGAUCGAUCUGACUUUCGUGAAUAAAUCGCUUCAAGUUUUGGAUCCGUUAUUCUCGAAGGAACGCGAGUGGUCCACCGUGCGCCCGAUGUUCUUGAGAUUGGAAAAGUUACUGGAGCUGGCGAAGGGCAUGGCCGAGGAUCGAACCAUCGAAUCCACCGAGACCUUUUUCACGAUAGUGAAACGUUUGUCCAAUACGAUUCGAUCCGCGUUGGACGUGGCCAAUACCGAGAAUCUCACUCAAAUUUUGGACUUGAGCGUAGCCAUUUUGCACGAUGGCGCCAGACUGACGCAAAAGAUUCUGGACCGUCACAUCGACGACAUCGAGCUUCCGAUCGAGAUAUUGGACGGGCUCAGGGAUUUUUUGUCGGAGAACGUCUUAGCCACGUUGAGCUACAUAUUGUCCUCUAUGAACUCGAUCGUCAGAAUGUUGUACCAAGUUGCCAUCGUUCACGAGGACGUUCAGCACAGAAUUUACGAUAUCUCCACGAAACAUCACAAGGACACGGUGCAAAAAUUGUUGACGAACGUCGAUCCGAAUUUUUAUCGGACGUUCGUCAAGUCGUUCUCCAGAUUAAAUUUCUUAGAGAAAUUCGUGAACGAAGUUAAGCGCACGAGUCCCGAGGAGUUCUUUUGUCGGAAGGAGACGCUGAACGAAAUUUUCGACCUCUUCAAAGACGGUAAAAACGAAUCUGGAUACAUCGAGGAACUACUGUGCAGCGAUACAGGGAAGAAGUUUAUCUCGGACGUGUAUGGAAGUUUGGAGUUGAGAAACUUCGAAAGCAUAGUGGACGAUUCAUUGUACACGGUCGUCAAUAUGGCGUUCCACAAAGUGGUCACAGUGGAGAGAUCAAAUUUGACUUCCCUCGUGGCCAACACGAGAAAAUUGGUCUCGUAUCUGAAAUCGCCGAAAAGGUCGAAUCCUGACUGGAGCGUUUUCAAAUUUGGCCAAAGGUGGCGGGAAACUUUCGAGGAAACUCGGGCCCAAGCAAGAUUGAACAUCCUAGGGAUCCACUUGAGCAUAGCAAAAAUGAUUGGGUCGCGCAGUUUGUCUUACGUGACCAUUGAAUCCGAUCUUGAGAAGAUGGACAUACUAGCCGAGAUAAUUCUUCAAGAUUUAAAGGAAAAUCCUACGAGCUGGAUCGAGGAAUUUAGACGGCGGAAGAUGCAAUUGAUCGAGUCGUUCUACUUAACCAUAACGGAUAAAGAUAAGGCUUUGAAAAUUUUGGAAUACGACAAUUUCACGAGGAGCUACUGCACCGAUUCACACCCACCCAAUUUAUUGAAUUUUCCGAAAGACUCGAAUCGGACGGUGUUGAAGGCGCUCGUCUGUCGUAUCUCGGAAUCCGUGCAAACCGACUUGGAAUUAAAUAUGACGAAGAUUAAGAGCAGGGAGGAGAUUCGUUACAGGAACAGGGAUUCGUUCAACUGGACCGACUUCAACGUGAAAAUAAUCGAGAUUUAUCGUUACAUCGAUACCUUGGUGCACCAGGAGGACGCGGGCUACGAUUUGGCUCGAUUGGAAAAGUUGAAAGAAGAUUUUCAAACAUCCUGGACCAUUGAUAUCGGCGUCAAAGACGUUUUCGAGAUGAGCGUAGGUUUGAUCUGCAAAUUCUUCAACCUGAUGGAGAGCCCUCUUUUCCACGCUAAAGGCGGGUGGAAGGAGAUGCACGCGAUCGCGUGGGCGUCCACGGUGAUCUUCGACAACGUGGAGAAGAUCGUCGAUCAAAUUCAGAGGAACGGGCAUCUGGUGAAGCUCUCCCAAGUGUUGGAGGACAUGCCGCAAACGGAAAUUCUUUUAACGGCCAUCCUGCAAAAUUUGUCCCCUCUGGUCCUCGAUGUGGUCGACAUCAUAACCAUGAAACCCAUCCAUCUCAUAUCGAUCCUGGACGAUUACAAAUCCCGGGAGGAACAAUGGCCUUGCAUACAAAGGGAAAGCGUCGGUGCCGCGAUGGAACUGCGAUCCGGUACUCGUGAGAUAAUAAGAGAGAUCGAGAGGAUAUCGUGCAAUCCAACUUUGUUUAUUCAAGAAUGGAGGGAACAACCGGUGCUGACGAGGGCAAAGAAAAUAUUUCAGAACGACAACAUGAUACAUUCCCCGCCUUUCAAUUGGACCUCGGGCUACAUAAAGUUUCGUCAAUUGGCAAAGAAGCUCGACGAUCUGGUCAACGACGUGAAAAAGGUUGUUCUUGUGGAGCAGCCGACUUUCUGGGAGGAUUUGGAGUUCCUCGUGCCCGGAGUAAAGAGUAUAUUCGACAAGAGGUGGCCAGACAUGAAAAACGAUUCCAGAGGGAUCCUGGACUACGUCGAUUUGGAAUUAGACAAGACGGUGGCGGCGUUUCAAAGCUCUCUCUCCGCCAGCGAAGUAUGGGACUCGAACGUCUCCAUCGAAAAUCGUAUUCUCAUUUUAACCAAAUUUAUCGCGCAUGUUGUUCACAAUACGGUGAAGACUGCGACCGGAAUUUUGCACGACGUUUUGCAAUCUCCAACCGUAAGCUUGCUCCCCUUGAUGGGAUUCGACAGUGGUACAGCCAUUUCGAUUUAUUACAAGAAGCUGCCCUACAUUUUGGCCUCGAUCAUCUACGGAUUGACGGACCCACAAGUGUACAACCGUAUAACGAAGUCGGAGAUGGACGACACCGUCGUCGCUUGUUCCAAAUUGUUCGAGUGGUGGUCGGACUCGACGAUCGGUCUCACCCCCGUGGAAUACAGAAUCUUGGAGAAAUUCACCUGCGAUCUCAAUCCGGACAACUUCAACGUUUACACCGAUUUGUACAUGAACGAGGCGCUCGCGUGGAAAAAGUCUGCCAACAGGUACAAUUCUUACGUGACCACCGUGAUCGGUGAUGCGUACGAUUUCGCGUCCGAGGUUUGGAAGAUGAUCCGAGAUAAGAAGGAGAUCGUGUUCGAGGCGCCGUUUUCCAUGCAAUAUCUAACGAACACGCUUCAGAAACUGAAGGAGAUUCUGGAAUAUAUCGACGAUAACGUUCACAAGGACGUAAAAAAGAGCAAUUACAAACUGCUCGUGGAAGGCAUAGCCGAGGCUUUGGAGCACGUGACGAAUGCUAUAAAAAAUAUUAACUCGAGGAACGGUCACAUCGACAUAUGGGAUUUCAUGGAAAGCGGCGACGCGCGCCAAUUGUUGAGAAUCCUCGACAAUCACCCCGAAGAAACGAUCACUUUGGUGGCCACCCUUAGCACCUUGAACGCGACUACAGGUGGUUUAAUGAGUUACCAGGAUGUGAGGAAAACCAUGUGCAACUUUCGAUUCAACUCGAGCUACUGGUCCACUCCUAACAGGACCCGAUUCAUAAAAGAGAUAUGCUCGUUCGAUCCUUAUCAACUGUUGAGGAGCACCACCAGCGCGGAAUAUUACUCUCUCGUGACCAGCGAAGUAACCACCAUGAUAAAAGUAACGAGGUUGUGUUCCUCGGUCGCGAAGUUGUUGGACGCGGCGUUGAAUCUGGAGGCGAGGGAGGGGCCGAAUUUGUCGGUGAGGUCGAAAAUUUUCAACUCGACGACGUGGAGGAAUCUGUCGAACGAGACUUGGUCGGCCAUAAGCAAGGCCGGGCAAAGCUGGAUACACAAGUACGCGAUAAAGGCUAGGGAUUACCCGUCGAUGGAGGUUGCGGACCCGAUCACCAAACUGAUGAGAGCGUAUCAACUGGUGGACGUGACGAUCGAAUUGGUGGGAGGGGGUGACGUUUGGCAAAAGCUUCGGGUCGCGUACGAGAAUUCGAAGGUGAAGCCUGUCCUCACCCUGAUGGAGGACCUGCCGAAUCUGGUGGUGAGCGGUGUUGACACUUUCGUCAAGUCGGAGAGAUUGAACGAUUUCGUGGAGAAAUUGUCGGUUGGCAAGCUGCAUCCGUGCGACAUCGACAAAUAUUUGAUCGUGCCCAGUUUCGUGAGGAAGAAGGUCCUCUUGUCGAGCGUCACCAACUUCUGCCAAAAGAUCGUUCUCACCGAGGGGCGGCUGACUUUGAUCGAUAUAUUGCCCCUCGACGCGAAGUACGAGGAAAGUUUAACAGGGAAAAAAAGCAGGCCGGCGAAUCACAACGAGACGUAUCUGAUGGAGAAAUUGGAGCACGUCCGUUCGACGAUAAUCCGAGUCGUCUCGGAAGGUUUCAAGGAUCCGAAGAUACCGACGUGGUGGACCUCGUUCAAGGAGGGGACGUUCAAGGACUUUUUAUCCCAGUACAAGAAGGAGGAUCCGAGGGCGCUCGCUCACUUGGUGGUGAAAAAAGUGUCGGAUAUCGCCAGAAACGUUCUGAAUUCCAGCGGGAAUACCGAAAAAGUUUCUUUCAGAAACUGUUCUUGGUGCGUCACGUUCCCCCUGGAAAUUUUAAAUUCCCAACUGGUCAACCAUCAACUCUACGGGAAGCUACUCUGCCAGUUGACCCGACUGAACGUUUCGGAGAUUCACGACAUCUUGAUGCGUGACUUUUAUUGGAACAAAACCUCGAGCAUGGUAAAGAAUUACAAAUAUUUAAGCGUGGAACGGACGAGAGACGAGUUCGUGACAACGUUGGAGGCCACGUUUCAUUACAUAGCCGAUAUAAUGGUGAAUUUCGAGAACGAGACCUACAGGGGGAAGAUGAAGGAAUGCUUUGAGAAAUUCGUGGGGAAACCUGCCUACUCCAGACCCGGCCUGUACGUGACCGUGAUUCUCGGCGUGUUGGACUCUCUGCGGAAGAAUCCGUUCAUCCUGGACACGGGGCGGAAUCACAAGAACAUGGACGCGUUGUCGAGGGCGGCGGAGAGAUACGUCCCGAUCUGGAAGCCGGUGCGCGAGGUGGUGAAGGCGUCGGACGCGGAUGGCGUCGAGUCGUUUUUACCGGGUGCUACGAUCAACGUGAACUCGGUGCUGAACGACAGGAACGAUUCUCUGUGCCGCACGAAGGCCGAGUGUCGGAACGGGACGGUUUUGUACAACUACCUGAGCUCGAGGAAAGCGGGGAAAGUGUUCAAGUACGACGCGUCGAGCAACCGUUCCCUGAUGGAGAUCGCCGAUCGAUUGUCCAAGAGUCUGGAUCUGGAUCGGAUCGAUAGCGAGUCGAGGAAAUGGCGGAUGGACGCCUCGUGGAAUUUAACUUGGCUGAGGGAGAUCCUGGCGCACUUGUCGAUCGUUAUCGGGGAGAGCGGCAAUCUUCUCGACGUCGCCAGUAAAAUAGACUUCCAAGACGUCUCGGACGUCCUAGGAGUUCCCGAUAUCGUCGAUGGUGUGGUUAAUAUCCUGAAGGAUAAGACGGUGGACAAGCUUUUCGAUGGAAUGAAGGAAAUAGUGGAAGAUAUUAAACCGUUCGUCGAAGAUCGAAACGCGUUGGACGAUAUUUAUCGGAUAAUCGUCGCUCUAGAGUCGAUGGACAUCUUCAAGAAUUUGGGAUUACUCGAAAUGAAAUACGUUAUCAGAGACAUGUUCGACAACUGGGACGUGGUGAAAUCGUAUUUGGUGGAUAAGAUUGGAAUUUCCAACGACGUCGCGGUGAUGCUGAGCCAAGCCAAGAUAGACAUGCUUUCCGUUUUCAUGAAAGAAAGAAGAGUUCUCGGUUUCAAGGAGAUCAUUUGCUCGCCGAAAAAACUCGACGAUAUAUUAAAUUUCAUCGAUGAUCGAAUCACCGCCGAGGAGGUGAGCGCCGCGCUCUGCCAGCUCGAGGAUUCGCAAACGAAGAACGUGACCACGACGUUGAUCAAGAAUUUAAAUUUUCAAGACGUGUUCAAAACUCUGAUGAGCGCCAAUGUGAAAAGCAUAUUGGCCAACGCAAAUUUGACGGAAGCGGAGGGGAAAAUGGUGUUGGAUAAUCUCGGUGUAGCGGCUGAGUUGCUGCCAUUCUUCAGGGACAAACUUUCCUCCCAAAUGCCUGCGGCGGAAGCUUUGGAAACAGAUGCGCAGGAGGCGGAUCAAACGGUCUCCACCUCCAAGUUCCUUCAAGAUUCGAGUAAGAUGUUGUGCGGACAACCGAUGGUCUCCGAUAACGGUGAUUUGUACAAGAUUAUUUCAAGGAUCGAGGACAACAGCAAGGAGUUCGAUAAAGCCGAACUCGAUUCCUUGCCCACCGAUUUUUGCAGAAACACUUACAAGGGUAUGGUAGCCAUGGGAGGUGGAAAGAUCAUAUGGUCUUACGUGAAACCUUUGCUGCGCGGUCGAAUCCUUUACGCCCCCAAUACCACGGUGAUCAACGGUGUGAUGAAAUUAGCGAACGAAACGUUCGUGGAGAUGGAACAGUUCGGCGCGUUGAUGGGUAAUUUCGAGAAAACCUUGACCUCGUUGGCCAAUCUUUCCGAAAUGAGCGACAAUCUGAGGGAGCUUCAAGACAUAAUGUCCUCGGAUAUUAUAAAGAUCGCGAUCAAGUCGUACGGUGGGAGUAAUUUCGAAGGAGAUUUUACCGACAUGAAUCUGAGCGAGAUUUCGUGGCGACUUAAAAGGUCGAAGCGUUUGAUAACCAUGGUCGGCAUGUUGAAUGAUUUAUUGGAGUGCGUGCUCGUGGAUCGAAUAAGAGGAUUUCGGUCGGAGGAGGAGAUGGAAGCGGAAGCACGGAUCCUGAUGGAGACCCGGGAAUUUUUAGCCGGUGUUGUCUUUUUGGAUAAACCCUCGAAGAGGUCCACCAGGUCUUUGGACCGUGAACUGCCCGAAAACGUGGUGUACAAAAUUCGAAUGGACGUGGAUUACGUGCAGUCUACCAAAAGGUUAAAAAAUCAAUUUUGGACACCCGGGCCUGAGAGCAGUUUCAUAGAGAAUUUGAGAUAUUUGCGGGGAUUCGUGCAGCUUCAGGAUUCCAUCGAUCGAGCGAUCGUGAGAACGAAAACCCGGAAGGAUCAGAACUGGAAGACUGUGACGCAACAGAUGCCGUAUCCCUGCUGGAAAGACGUGCCUUUUCAAACGACCCUCUACGAGUCUCAGGGUAUUCAGGUGGGUUUUUUCUUCGCGCUGAUGAUGUGCGUCGGAGCAGCUGUGAGGCACAUAGUUUGGGAAAAGGAAUCUCAGAACGCGAUGGUGAUGAGCGUGAUGGGAUUGAAACCUUGGAGGAACACCGUGGCCUGGUCCAUCACCACGUUCAUAGAACUGUUGAUCGUCAUGUUCUCCAUAGCCACGAUCCUGCUAGCCGGAAAAAUCCUACCGAAAUCCGACCCCUCGUUAUUCCUGAUCAUGGUAAUCGAUUACGCGUUCUCCAUCGUAACUUUUUGCUACAUGAUCUCAACGAUGUGCAGCUCGGCGAGCCUGGCUGCGAUCACCACCGUGGUUAUGUUCUUGCUGACGUUCAUGCCAUACGUCAUUGUCAUCGCUAUGGAGGCCGUUAUUGGUCUCGGUUAUAAGCUUCUCAUCUGCCUCAGCAUGUCGACCAGCUUUUGUUACGGUUGCUUGUACGCGGCCAGGAAGGAGGUUCAAGGCGUUGGGCUAACUUGGUCCGCGAUGUGGGAGGAAUCCAGCCCGGGCGAUUCCAUGUCUUUGGGUUUGGUCCUGUUGACGAUAGCCUUCGACGGUUUCCUUUACGCCGUUAUCGGUUACCUCAUCGCAAGAUACACGAAUUCAGGCAGGGGAUUUCACGAUUUGAGGUCCCGUAGCUUAUGGUGGGCCAACACACGUUCUCUCUAUGGCAGGCCUGGCUACCUCGCCUUCGUCAACAACCUCUAUUUCACUAACGACGUUCUCCACCCUUCAGCCACUUACCAAGAUGAAGAGAGCAACGCCACCAGUUUGACGGUAAACGAGAAACAGACGGGAGUGAGAUUCGACGGCGUGAGGAAGGUGUACAACACCGAUCAGGGCGAGAUCGUGGCGGUGGACGACUUCACCCUGAAACUCAGCGAGGGUGAAGUAACCAGCCUCCUCGGGAGAAACGGCGCUGGGAAAACUACCAUCAUCAAGAUGCUGACGGGGAUGCUGGCUCCGACCACCGGCGAGAUAUGUUUGAACGGCGAGGAGGGUUGCAAACCCGACAUAGGGGUGUGCCCUCAGGAUAACGUGCUGAUAGGUACCCUGACACCCAGGGAACACCUCCUCUUCUACGCGAAACUGAAACGGUCUAAGGAAGAGAACGCGAACGUGCAACGAAACGUGGACGAGAUGUUGACGUCCCUGGAGCUUGGCAGCCAGGAACACGAGCCCGUGUAUAGACUCUCUGGCGGCACAAAGAGACGGCUUUGCGUGGCUUUGGCGUUUCUAGGCUCGCCAAAGCUGGUGAUCUUGGACGAGCCCGGCGCCGGAGUGGAUCCAGCCGCGAGGCGUAGAAUUUGGCGCCUAAUCGAUCAACACAGGAUAGGGAGGACCGUCAUCCUGUCCACCCAUCACCUCGACGAGGCCGACAUACUCAGUGACACCGUGGUCGUGAUGCACAAAGGGAAGAUACUCUGCACGGGAUCGCCCUUGUCUCUGAAGAUGAUGCACGGCCGUGGAUACAGACUCCUCGUCUCGUUCCCCGCCGAUCGUGACGAGAACACGGAUUCGGUCGGGAGGAGGAAGAAAGCUGAGACGCUGAGAAGCGUGGUCGAGGAGGUGGUGGCCAACGCGGUGACCAACGAGGUCUCCGCUACGGAGAUGGUAGUCACUCUGCCCUUCCAAGGAAAGAACGGUGUAAAUAACAAUAUCGCGCAAGCCGCCAAGGUGUUGGAAGAUAGUCGAAAGAUCUUGGGAUAUUCUCACUUCUCGCUGGAAUGCGACACGUUGGAAAGGGUGUUUCUCGAUCUUUGUUCCAGAGCGGAGAGCGGCUCGUCCAUCGUAAGAGCUAGCCAGGAUAGCGUUAUCAGUAUAGAUAAUAAUAGCGGUUUAACGGUGGCGAAGGAGGACGUUGAUUUGAUUCAUAACGAAUCCACCACGAACCCCACCCCAAUUAGGCAGAUGAAAGCUUUGUUGAAGAAACGAAUAUGGCACUUCAAAAAGGAUUGGUUGACAUUCUUAGCCGGUCUUCUCUUGCCGACCAUGUUCGUUGCGGUUGCUAUGGGAUUCUCUUUGAUCAGGCCACCCUCCGAGGACGAACCACCACUGGUUCUCACUCCCAAGUUGUACGACACUCAUUCCACAUAUUUCUAUAGCAUCGAUAAUGGCGUCGACUCGUUUUUGCAACGCGUGUCGCUUCAACUCCACAAUCGAUUCGGGGACGAUUAUGCCGGCGCGUGGCAAACAUUGCCCAAUGACACGGGUACCUGCGAAUGCGAGGAUGGCCAACAGGUUUGCCACGGUUUGUCCAAAGCCGUUGAAGGUCUUCUCCAAGUGUUACCUGGCAGACCUACCCUGGAUUGGAUAGUAUCGACUCACCAAGAAUACAUAGAGAAAAGAUACGGAGGAUGGUCUCUGUUUCGCGCCAAGGACGAGCCACUUUUCGUUGUCUGGUACAAUAACAAAGGUCAUCACGCGCUUCCAUCUUACUUGAGCGCCUUGAACGAGGCAAUCUUAAGGGCGUCAGGUGUCCACGGUCAUCUAACGACCUUGAAUCACCCCUUGAAGCUCUCCAGCGAUCAACUAAAUCGAACGACUCUAUUGCAGCACGUGGCCGACGUCGGAGUCGCCCUCGUACUCUUGAUCGCUUUCAACCUGGUGGCCGCCCAAGGCUCGAAAGAGCUGGUGAGAGAAAGAUUGUCCGAGGAAAAGAGAAUUCUCCUGUUGGCCGGCGUCCAUCCCGUCACCUACUGGAUCACCGCCUUAAUUUGGGACUUUCUCGUGUUCGGAUGCUCCAUCGCUUUGGCCGCGUUCGUCUUCGAGAUCUUCGGCCUGUCCGCGUACGUCGCCAGGGACAAUUUGCCAGGCAUCUGUCUACUGUUGUUCCUGUUCGCGUGGGCGGCGAUACCGUUCUCCCAUUUGGCCGAGAAGAUGUUCGACGACUCGAGCAUGUCGAACAUGGUCCUGUUCUGCGUUAAUACGUUCAUAGGCGUGGCGUCCCUCGCCACUAUCCUGGUGCUCGAUAUCCUGGGGAGAACGAAAACUGCGGAGGACGCUCGAGAAAUUUUGCACCACCUGCUACUCGUGUUUCCCCAAUACGCGUUGGGCGAUGCCCUGGUCCAGAUAUCGAGGAACGACAUCACGGCCCAGCUGUUGGAGAAAUUUCACAUGGACACUUACCAAUCGCCCCUCGGCUGGCAACUGUUGGGCCUCCAUUACGUGUUCCUCGCGAUAAUCGGGGCCGUCCUGUUCGCCGUGAACCUGAUGAUCGAGUGCCGCCUCGUCCCGAGUUUGAGCAGGCAGAGGUGCCCUUACGAGGCAUCGUACGAGGAGGACGACGACGUGUCCAAGGAGAGGAUGAGGGUGGAGGGUGGGAUGUCGGACGACGCGUUGCAGACGGUGAAACUGCGCAAGGAGUACAGGAGCGUUUACGGGACGAAUGUGGCCGUUCAGAAUUUAAGCAUCGGUGUGGAGGCGGGCAAAUGUUUCGGCCUGUUGGGGACGAACGGUGCCGGGAAGAGCACCACGUUCCGGAUGUUGACCACGGAGAUCAUACCCACGGCGGGCAGGAUAAUUCUGAGGGGCAAGGAGACCGGUUCCGGACCUCUGUGCAACGGCGAGGUCGGUUAUUGCCCUCAGAGCGACGGCAUCGACGGCUUCCUCAGUCCGCACCAGUGUCUAACGAUUCACGGAGAAGUUUGCGGGUUGAGCAACGUCCCCAAGGCGGUCGAGUCGGCGCUGAAGAGACUCGAUCUUCUGAAAUACGCGCACAAGAGAGUGAGCAGUCUCAGCGGAGGUAAUAAAAGGAAGCUAUGUACCGCCUUGAGCGUAAUGGCGCCGGUACCCGUGGUUCUUAUGGACGAGCCAACGAGCGGUAUGGACCCCGCCACGAAAGAUCUCGUCAGCAAAACGAUCAAGCAUCUGACGAGGAAUCAGAGUUGCGUGAUUCUAACGUCGCACAGCGUGGCGGAUUGCGAGAACGUGUGCAACAGGGUCGGCAUUCUCGCCAAGGCUGGCCUCCGGUGUAUCGGUACGCCGCAACACUUGAAACACAAGUGA